AUGGCAAGUAUAGCAGAGCAUUAUGUUCACAACCUCACUCAAGUGCCUCGGGAGUUUCUUGUUCAAGGCAAAGAGAGGCCCUUGUUUCAACAUGGUGUGUUUCAGGAGCUGCCCUUGGUUGACAUGAGUGAGCCUCCAGAGCAAAUAAUCCAGAAAAUUUCUACCGCUUGUGGUGAAUCAUGGUAUUCCUCUAGAUGUGGUGGAGAAUACAAGGAAAGUAGCAAGAGCUUCUUUGAGCUUCCAGUAGAAGAAAAAUUGAAAUGGGCUCGAGAUGAAGGGAAAACAGAUCAGAUUGCUGGUUAUGGACGUACAGAGGGCUUCAGAGGGCAGCAUACUGAUUGGAUGGAUUCGCUCUAUGCCUUCCUUGGUCCUGAUUCACUCAAAGCUCCCCAUCUGUGGCCCUCAACUCCCACAAACUAUAGGUUAGGCAAUAGUUUAAACUAA